AUGAAGAGUGAGAAAAGGACGAGACACCGGAUGGAAACUGAUGUUAAAGUCCAGGUGAAGAAGGGCGGAGUCACACAGGCUGUCAGAGGAGUCCUGAACAGGUCGGCAGGACGCUCUCGCCGCAGCAGCGGCUGGAGGCAGGUUAAAGGCCACCUGUCAAAGGAGGGGCGGAGCCUCGUAGCGUUUGUUUUCGGGCUGCUGUUGGCGUCUCUGUACGGAGUCACAGCUCUCUUCCUUCAGAAACAGCCGCUGUGGUUGUGCGUGUACACCACGCUGGCGGUGGCCGUGCUGGCAGCCUUCGGCACGGGCCUCUCAGCCGGCAUCCGGGCCGACGUCAUGGUUAUGCUGCCCUCGCUGUGCUCAGCUCACGGCAGGAAAUUCCUCCUCUUCCUGUUUGCCUCGGUUCUGCUGUCCGGCCCGCUCUCCAACACGCUAGAAAACACGGAGCGAGCCGCCGCCAGCCUGCUGUGCGGAGCCGAGCUGGCAGCCAAUCAGACGCAGGAACUGAUGCAGAGAGCUGCCACGCCCCUUUUCUCUGUGUUGGACCGAAUCAGAGAGAUCAGCAGUAACGCUCUCUCAGUGGCGGGAAGAGUCCAGAACCUCUUCGGCGCUCUGACUGACAGCGUCCGCCAUGUUGCUCGUACCCUGAGGAACGUCCUCCACUUCCUGGUGGACAUCGGAGACGUGUGUAACGUCAAACUGGGCUCUCCGUACAGGAAGUGCCGGGAGGUGUUCGCAGACGCUCAAGCCGACUGCUCCGACCUGCUGGGAGAGUUCAACUUCCUGUGUGACAUCGUGGACGGUUUCCUGCCGCUCUGCAACCUCGCCCGCGCUGGCGAGCUCUUCUGCCUCAUCCCGUCCUACAUUGCCGAACAUCUGAAGAAACGUCUGGCAGCUCCCACCGUUGCAGCGUUUCAACGAAUGAAGCGAGAGUUUGAGUUCAAUAUCUCGGCCUCGAUGACCUUUGACCUGGACGCCAACAGCAGCCACUCUGUGCAGCAGGUGUCUCAGGACAUCAUGGAGGAGGUUUCAUCAGAGCUGCGGGUGUUUGAGAAGCUGCGAGAACUGCUCACGUAUGGUGGCCUAAUCCUUCUCGCCUGCUCCUUCCUGAGGGCGGUGCGGUACAGACGCAGGUAUCUCAGCGAGGUCGACUUUGACAACGUCUACAUCAGCGCUCAGUUUGAAGAGCUCGACCAACAGGUGGCUUCAGGGGGCGGAGCCGCAGUCCUGCCAAUCACACGCAGAGAAGCCAAGACCUACAUCACACCAUUGUCGUUUCAGCUGACGGCCCGAGAGCGGCGGGCGGUGUUGGUGGGCGUGGUCUCGGUCCUCAGGCACCUGGUGAUGGGCGGCCUGCUGGUGGCGCUGGACUUCCUGGUGUUCUGGAUGCUGGACCAGGUGCACCACCAGGUGAAGGGGGACGUCGUGGCCAGAGCUCCGGUCACGGUGGCGCUGCAGGUGAACGGCUCGGGCUACGCCUCGGAUAUCUUCAGAGACCUGGUGGCCUCGUUCAACGUCCUGCAGGGAGGAAACGUCACCGUGGUCAGCAGGAAGUGUCUGCUGCAGCCGUCAGAGCCCAACUACGUCACCUGCUUCCUCCUAGGGUUCCUGUUGGGUCUGGCCCUGCUGGUCUCUCUGAGCGGAGGAUUCGUGCGGCGCUGCAGACGACUCGUCUGUGCUUCCUAUCACCCAGAGAGAGAGCUGGAGAGGAUCCGGUUCCUCCGGCAGCAGAUCCUGGAUCAGAGGAGGACGGUUGGGAAAGCCCUGAUGAGGUCUGCAGCCAGGAGGUGGGCUGAUGGAGGAGGAGGAGGAAGAGGAGGAGGAGAGAGCCGCCUUCAGACUCUCCUGCUGUGGUUACCUGGAGGUGCUCACCUGUCUCACCUGCUGGGUCUGUCCUCAGUCAGCUGUCUGGCCUGCGGCGAGGUGGUGAGACAGGGGGAGGAAAACAUGGCCGCCUGUGACGUCCCACAGUGCUCAGGCCUGUACUGUCGGCCAUGUUUCCACCGUUUGGGAAACACGUGUGUCGUCUGUGUGCGACCUUUGACCUUCCAGGAAGACGGCGAGGAAGAGCUUGACUCCAGUGAAGACGAGCUGCGACCUGCAGCUCUGACCUCGACCCUCGUCACCGACCGCAGAGCCAGGAAACUGAGGAAGAGGACGAUCUCCACGGCAACGUACCGACACUCAGACAGUCGAGUGGGAACGCCAAGAGUAGAGGACGGAGCGGAGAGCGAGAGCAGCGGAGUUCAGUCUGACUGCAGUGAAGCAGACAUGACGUACCAGGACCGACCCGGGUCAGACGACGGCGACGACUCCUUUUACUCCAGCACCUCGACCAAAACCUGCACCCUCCAGGACCCGACCCUCCAGACAGUCACCGUACAUACACCUGACUGUCCCCAAAACCUCCAGGACCCUCCAGGACCCUCCAGAACCCUCCGGGACCCUCCAGGACCCUCCAGAACCCUCCAGAACCCUCCAGGACCCCACAGGACCCUCCAGGACCCUCCAGAACCUUCCAGGACCCUCCAGGACCCUGCAGUCCUGAUUUAGACCUGUCUGUUGGGUUCACUUUGUGAUUAAAGUCAUUGCAGCAUUAA